AUGAGGUUCAUGCUCGUAGCCGCCAGUCUGGUGGCUCUUCUGGCCAUCUCUCACGCUGAAGAGGCCAAGAAAGCAGAAAAGGAAGUGGCAGUGACCGACACCAAAGAGGCGGCAUCUGACGACAAGAAACACGAGAAGAGAGGACUGUGGGACAUCGGACUAGGGUACGGCCACGGAGGCGGCAGCCUGGGCGGUGGGUACGGUGGCUUCAGCGGCGGAUACGAUUUGGGACACGACACUCAUGUCCACAAAACCGUCACACUCGUCAAGAACGUACCUGUCCCAUACCCCGUCGAAAAACACAUUCCUGUGCCAGUCGAAAAGCACGUGCCUUACCCCGUCAAAGUACCAGUACCCCAACCCUACCCCGUAGUCAAGCACGUCCCAUACCCAGUCAAGGAGGUCGUCAAAGUACCCGUGCACAUCCCUCAACCUUACCCUGUUGAAAAGAAAGUCCACGUUCCCGUGCACGUCCCAGUCGACAGACCCGUGCCUUACAAGGUAUACGUGCCCCAACCCUACCCCGUCGAGAAACACGUCCCAGUGCCCGUCAAGGUCCCAGUGCCAGCUCCUUACCCAGUAGAAAAGAAGGUUCCCUACCCAGUCAAGGUACCAGUGCAUGUGCCCGCCCCCUACCCAGUAGUCAAGGAAGUCCAUGUCCCAGUGAAGGUGCCCGUCGACAGGCCCUACCCCGUGCACAUUCCCAAGCCAGUGCCUUACCCAGUAGAGAAACCCGUUCCCUACCCAGUCGAAAAACCCGUCCCAUACCCCGUCAAAGUCCCCGUCGACCGCCCAGUGCCCGUACAUGUCGAGAAACCCGUGCCCUACCCGGUCAAGGUACACGUGCCAGCUCCGUACCCCGUCGAGAAGCACAUCCCAUACCCGGUCGAGAAACACGUGCCAGUCCCCGUUAAGGUCCCCGUAGACAGACCUUACCCAGUCCACAUCGAAAAGCACGUUCCUGUCCACAUCGAGAAGCCAGUGCCUUACCCCGUCAAGGUGCCAGUCCCGGUCGUCGUCGGUCACGACUACGAGCAUGGUCAUUAUGGUAGCUACUAA